AGGAGGGAAGGCUGACGUCAGCAAAAGGAGCCCAGAGAGAGAGAGAGAGAGAGGGGAAAGAAAGGCGAGCGGUGUGACAAAGCAAACACAAGACUGCUAUAAGGAUGGUGCGAAUUUUGGCCAAUGGAGAUAUUGUGCAAGAUGAUGACCCCCGAGUGCGUCAGACCACUCAGGUAAGGGAGAACUCACCUCGACUUGUGAGGAAUGGUGGCUUUUUCAACGCAACCUCAAACACUGGUCCUAACCCACCACAGCAACAGCAGCAGCAGCAGCAGCAGCGCCAGAAUGCAAGGCCCAGGGAGCGUUCGCCCUUUUCAGACAUCAACCAGCAGCUGGUGAACAUGGGUUUCCCCACUUGGCACCUUGGCAACCAGGUGGUGGAGCCCGUGAUGUCCAUUUUGCUCCUCUUCCUGCUUAUGAUGGUGGGCGUGCGUGGCUUGCUCUUGGUGGGCCUCAUUUACGUCAUCUCCCACCUAAGCCAGCGAUGACACGAACUCCCGCACAGACUACCAGUUGCCCGAGGGACUCCGAGCCAAAUAGUUUUGCCCAGCGUACGGCCCCGUGGGUUAGAGAAGAGAGUAUGGAUGUCCACAUCUGGGCGUGUUUGAAACAAAUUCUCCUCGCUCAAGAACUUUUGUAAACGGUUGUUUCCAAGAGACAGAAGGAAGCAACUUUGGGAGUAUGAGCUCAUGAAGAUAAUAUAGCCUCUUCUUUUCUUUCUCUAGCUUGAAAUGAGCCGUUUUUUUUUUUCCAAUUCGGGGCCCAUGAUAUUCCGGUAGGAAUGAUAGCUUUUGUUUUUGCUGAGGGUACCACCUCACGGUUAUCGAGGGAACUUUAUUUAGGAUUUUCUGACAGGGAAAGCUCAACCUCUGAUAGAGAAACAUUUAAAAGGCAGGUU